AUAUGAGGCUGUCUGGGUGAGGAAAAUGAAACGUGAAGACAUUUGAACUGGAUCCAGUUCAGCUCGCUGCUGUCACAGGUGGCCGGCCCUGUUUUACAACACUCCUCUGGCCUCCACCCAACCAACGGCUGGGAGAACCGGUGAGGACGAGACGCCUCACUUUAACCAGGAGUUUACCAUCGAAUAACCUGGUCCCCACAUGGCACUCUUUAAAGAGGACCCGCAGGAGUGCCCGGUGUGCUACGAGACUCUCUCUGGCAACGAACGGACGCUGAGCUGCGGACAUGUGUUUUGCCACGACUGCCUGGUGAAAACGCUGGUGAGCAUCAACAGUGAUGGAAACAUCAGGGACACGAUCGCUUGCCCCAUCUGCCGUCACCUGACGUUCAUCAGGAGACAAAAAGAAGCGCUGGCGUCCCUCGCAGCCAAACAGAGUCCGGACGAAGGACAGACCCUGGAGGUGCCUGUCCCACCGAGACCCGCGCAGCGCCAGAGCGCACGGCGCGCCUCCGUGGACAGUUUGCUCUCUGGGAUGAACUGGGUGAUCCGCUGCUGCAGGUGUGUGUUUCAGAGGAUCCGCGCCGGGAGGCUGAUCAGUCCCGGCAGCAGCAACGCGUGUCAGAUCUUCAUCAUCAGCGCCCAGGGGCGACCCAUGGCCGAGGAGGAUGCGCUGCAUGAUGUGGUGACGACUGUGGAACAGCCGGCGCGCAGGAGGAGACGCAGGAUUUGCACGACAGCGAGAUGCUUAAUCUUUUUGCUUUCUGCCUUUACUUUACUCGCGCUGGUGGCUGCGACCUUACCCUGGAUUUUAUUGGCAUGAUCCAUUUGGAKGGCUCAACGUGCCAAAUGAUUAAAUAACUUAAAGACAUUCCCACGGAUUUUUAUCUCUAUUAUGCAAUAUUUAUGAAUGACUGAUCCAAAAAAAAAAAAACCGUAUGAACUGAAAAUGUGCUUUAAAGUAAAAACAUAAAUACGUAUUUAUUUAGUUUUUUUCCUAUAGUCUUAGCAGUCUAGUGUGCUCAAGUUUGUGACAAAU